UCGGUAGCCCAUCACCACUGGGUUAAUAAAGAUUCAAGAAACUAAAAUUGAACGGUUUCUCUCCUCAAAUCUAUGCGGAAACGAAUCCAGCUGAUGCAUGAUCAGCCCUUUCCCCUCGAGCACCGAUAAUGGCGCAACCCGUAUAGCUAAUCCAUUCUUCUUUGAUCGCUCUUCCUUCCUCCACUGGGCUUCUCGCUGAAAUGCGUUCCAAGGACAGAAUCUCCUACUUUUACGACGGGGAUGUGGGUAGCGUUUAUUUUGGACCAAACCAUCCAAUGAAGCCACACCGGCUCUGUAUGACCCACCAUCUCGUCCUCUCCUACAAGCUCCACCAGAAGAUGGAAAUAUAUCGGCCUCACAAGGCAUAUCCAGUUGAGCUUGCUCAAUUCCAUUCAGCUGAUUAUGUUGACUUUUUACACCGGAUUACACCUGACACUCAACACAUGUUCUCAGAUGAAUUAGUAAAAUAUAAUCUUGGAGAAGAUUGCCCUGUAUUUGAAAACUUGUUUGAGUUUUGUCAAAUUUAUGCUGGUGGAACUAUAGAUGCCGCAUGCAGAUUGAACAAUCAACUUUGUGACAUUGCUAUAAAUUGGGCUGGUGGAUUACACCAUGCAAAGAAGUGUGAGGCAUCCGGCUUUUGUUACAUCAAUGACUUGGUUUUGGGAAUCUUGGAGCUUCUAAAACAUCAUGCCCGUGUUUUGUAUAUUGAUAUAGACGUGCAUCAUGGGGAUGGUGUAGAAGAAGCCUUUUAUUUCACUGACAGGGUGAUGACUGUUAGUUUUCACAAGUAUGGGGAUAUGUUUUUUCCAGGAACUGGUGAUGUUAAGGAAACAGGAGAAAGAGAAGGCAAGUAUUAUGCCAUAAAUGUCCCACUCAAGGAUGGAAUAGAUGACACUAGCUUCACUAGACUUUUUAAAAGUAUUAUUUCCAAGGUUGUUGAAACAUAUGUCCCAGGUGUGAUAGUUCUGCAAUGCGGGGCAGAUUCGCUUGCUGGGGACCGCUUGGGCUGCUUCAAUCUCUCCAUUGAUGGGCAUGCCGAAUGCGUUAGGUUUGUCAAGAAAUUUAAUUUGCCAUUACUGGUAACUGGAGGUGGGGGAUAUACAAAAGAGAAUGUUGCUCGAUGUUGGGCUGUGGAAACCGGAGUUCUUCUUGAUACAGAACUUCCCAAUGAGAUCCCUGACAACGAGUAUAUUAAAUAUUUUUCUCCAGAAUACUCCUUGAGGAUUCCAAGUGGGCACAUAGAAAACUUAAAUAGUAAAUCAUACCUUGGCACAAUAAAAGCGCAAGUCUUUGAAAAUCUUCAAAGCAUCCAACAUGCUCCUGGUGUACAAAUGCAAGAGGUUCCACCCGACUUUUACAUUCCUGACUUUGAUGAAGAUGAGCAAAACCCUGAUGAGCGCAUGGAUCAACACACUCAAGACAAGCAGAUCCAACGUGAUGAUGAAUAUUACGAAGGAGACCAUGAUAACGAUCAGAAUAUGGAGGAUGUAUAAAUUGCCUUUGCUUUGACCCAUAAUAGGGCCUAUUAGAGAUUGUUUGAGAACUCAUGCAUGUAAAAUUGUACCUUGGAGCUGUGAUAGCGAACUUUUUCCCAGAUAGCCUCUGUCAAAAUUCAUUUAGUAAUUGGCUGCUAGCAGAUUUCCUUUAGCUAGUUGUUUAGUUAGAAAGGAGUUUACAAACUGAUGUGUAUUGUUGUAACAUUUUAAAUCUACUUUAUAGUAAAAGGAGCUUGUACAAUCUGUUUGCAAGCUUUCUAGAUUUGUUUGCGAGCCUAGCACUUCUCUUGUUGGAUUGGGUUUUGCAAUGAAAUGAUUGAGGCCGAUUGAUGUUUCUUGA